AUGAAUCACGAUCCAUUUGCCUGGGGAAGGCCAUCUGACGAACACUAUGGCGCGUACAAUCAUGCCAUUGCCCAAGCGUCAAAUAAUCCAAAGAUGAAUACUCAGAACCCUAUUAUUACCGGUACUUCUGUCAUCAGUAUUAAGUAUAAUAACGGUGUUAUUGUUGCAGCUGAUAAUCUAGGUGCUUACGGUUCGUUAUUACGUUUCACAAACGAGGAGAGAUUGAUCAAAGUGGGUCCCAACACGGUUGUUGGUGUAUCCGGUGACAUUUCCGAUAUGCAAUACAUUCAACAUCUAUUAGACGAGAUGGAAAUUGAAAACAAUUACGAUAGCGCAUAUGCGGAUAAUGAGGAGCAAUUGAAACCAAGCUUCGUUUUUGAAUAUCUAUCAUCUGUGAUGUACCAACGUAGAUCCAAGUUAGAUCCUUUAUGGAAUGCGAUAAUUGUAGGGGGCACAGAAGAUGGAAAGCCAUUUUUAAGAUACGUUAACCUAUUAGGUGUCACAUACUCUUCGCCAACGUUGGCUACAGGGUUCGGUGCCCACUUGGCAUUGCCCCUUUUAAGAAAGCUAGUAGACACCGAAAAGGACGUGGAAAAAGUGAAUCUAGAUGUUGCUAAGAAAGCUAUCCUAGAGGCAAUGAAAAUAUUAUACUACCGUGAUGCCCGUAGUUCACGUAAGUUUUCAUUGGCUAUAAUCGACAAUGAACUGGGGCUCAAUAUCGAAAAGGACCUACAAGUAGAGAAUAUGUCUUGGGAAUUCGCCAAAGACAUCAGAGGAUAUGGUACCCAAAAGGUAUAG